CGGGCCCCCGGAGCAGUAUCGGUGGCGGCGGACACUGCCACUCACGCACGCACACCCCGGCGCGUGUAAGAGGAGCGUUCGGAGGGGAACGGGGGGCCGCCGCGCCGCGCCCCCCGCCCGCCCCCCGCUGACCACUCCCCCUCCUGCCCCCUCCCGGCUCCUCACCCGGCGCUCCAGCCGCCGCCAGGGGCUGGUAACUUGUUGUGCGGAGCGGGCGGCGGCGGCACCAUCUAGGCGGGCACCAUGGGCACGUCCGCGCGCUGGGCGCUCUGGCUGCUGCUGGCGCUAUGCUGGGCGCCCCCGGAGAGCGGCGCCACCGGAACCGGGAAAAAAGCCAAGUGUGAACCCUCCCAAUUCCAGUGCACGAAUGGCCGAUGUAUUACGCUGCUGUGGAAGUGUGACGGGGACGAAGACUGUGCUGAUGGCAGUGACGAAAAGAACUGUGUAAGGAAGACGUGUGCUGAGUCUGACUUCGUGUGCAACAAUGGCCAGUGUGUCCCCAACCGAUGGCAGUGUGAUGGCGAUCCUGACUGUGAAGAUGGUUCUGACGAAAGCCCAGAACAGUGCCAUAUGAGAACAUGCCGCAUAAAUGAAAUCAGCUGUGGCGCCCACUCUACUCAGUGCAUCCCAGUGUCCUGGAGAUGUGAUGGUGAAAAUGAUUGUGACAGUGGAGAAGAUGAAGAAAACUGUGGCAACAUAACGUGUAGCUCUGAUGAAUUCACAUGCUCCAGUGGCCGCUGCAUCUCCAAGAACUUUGUAUGCAAUGGCCAGGAUGACUGUAAUGAUGGCAGUGACGAGCUCGACUGUGCCCCACCGACCUGCGGUGCCCAUGAGUUCCAGUGCAGCACCUCCUCAUGCAUCCCCAUCAGCUGGGUAUGUGACGAUGAUGCAGACUGUUCAGACCAGUCGGAUGAGUCCCUUGAGCAGUGUGGCCGCCAGCCAGUGAUACACACCAAGUGCCCAGCCAGCGAGAUCCAGUGUGGCUCUGGCGAGUGCAUCCACAAGAAGUGGCGAUGUGAUGGGGACCCUGACUGCAAGGACGGCAGUGACGAGGUCAACUGUCCUUCUCGAACCUGCCGACCUGACCAAUUUGAAUGUGAGGAUGGCAGUUGUAUCCACGGCAGCAGGCAGUGUAAUGGGAUCCGAGACUGUGUCGACGGCUCUGACGAAGUCAACUGCAAAAAUGUCAAUCAGUGCUUGGGCCCUGGAAAAUUCAAGUGCAGAAGUGGGGAAUGCAUAGAUAUCAACAAAGUAUGUAACCAGGAGCAGGACUGCAGGGACUGGAGUGACGAGCCCCUGAAAGAAUGUCAUGUAAAUGAAUGCUUGGUAAAUAAUGGUGGAUGUUCCCAUAUCUGCAAAGACCUAGUAAUAGGCUACGAAUGUGACUGUGCAGCUGGGUUUGAACUGAUAGACAGGAAGACCUGUGGAGAUAUUGAUGAAUGCCAAAAUCCAGGAAUCUGCAGUCAAAUUUGUAUCAACUUAAAAGGCGGUUACAAGUGUGAAUGUAGUCGUGGCUAUCAAAUGGAUCUUGCCACUGGUGUGUGCAAGGCAGUAGGCAAAGAACCGAGUCUCAUCUUCACUAAUCGAAGAGACAUCAGGAGGAUUGGCUUAGAGAGGAAAGAGUAUAUCCAACUAGUUGAGCAGCUGAGAAACACUGUGGCUCUCGAUGCUGACAUUGCUGCUCAGAAACUGUUCUGGGCUGAUCUCAGCCAAAAGGCCAUCUUCAGUGCCUCAAUUGAUGACAAGGUUGGUAGACAUGUUAAAAUGAUCGACAAUGUCUAUAAUCCUGCAGCCAUUGCUGUUGAUUGGGUGUACAAGACCAUCUACUGGACUGAUGCGGCUUCUAAGACUAUUUCAGUAGCUACCCUAGACGGAACCAAGAGGAAGUUCCUGUUUAACUCAGACUUGCGAGAGCCUGCCUCCAUAGCUGUGGACCCGUUGUCUGGCUUUGUUUACUGGUCAGACUGGGGUGAACCAGCUAAAAUAGAGAAAGCAGGAAUGAAUGGAUUUGAUAGACGCCCACUGGUGACAGUUGACAUCCAAUGGCCUAAUGGAAUUACACUUGACCUUAUAAAGAGCCGCCUCUAUUGGCUUGAUUCUAAGUUGCACAUGUUAUCCAGUGUGGACUUGAAUGGCCAAGAUCGUAGGAUAGUACUAAAGUCUCUGGAGUUCCUAGCUCAUCCUCUUGCACUAACAAUCUUCGAGGAUCGUGUCUACUGGAUAGAUGGGGAAAAUGAAGCAGUCUAUGGUGCCAAUAAAUUCACUGGAUCGGAGCUGGCCACCCUAGUUAACAACCUUAAUGAUGCCCAAGACAUCAUUAUCUAUCAUGAGCUCGUACAGCCAUCAGGUAAGAAUUGGUGUGAAGAAGACAUGGAGAACGGAGGAUGUGAAUACCUUUGUCUGCCAGCACCACAGAUUAAUGAUCACUCUCCAAAAUAUACCUGUUCCUGUCCCAAUGGGUACAAUCUACAGGACAAUGGCCGAGAGUGCCAAAGUACUGCAACUACUGUGACUUACAGUGAGACAAAAGAUACCAUCACAACAGAAAUUUCACCAACUAGUGGACUAGUUCCUGGAGGGAUCAAUGUGACCACAGCAGUAUCGGAGGUCAGUGUUCCCCCAAAAGGGACUUCUGCUGCCUGGGCCAUUCUUCCUCUCUUGCUCUUAGUGAUGGCAGCAGUGGGUGGCUACUUGAUGUGGCGGAAUUGGCAACACAAGAACAUGAAAAGUAUGAACUUUGACAAUCCUGUGUACUUGAAGACCACUGAAGAGGACCUCUCGAUAGACAUUGGUAGACACAGUGCUUCUGUUGGACACACAUACCCAGCAAUAUCAGUUGUAAGCACAGAUGAUGAUCUAGCUUGACUUCUGAGACAAGUCUCGGCCUUUGAGGUCUAAACCAAUAAUACUCCACUUUGGAAUGGUAACCGAGCCAGCAGCUGAAGUCUCUUUCUUCCUCCCACCUGGAAGAACGUCAGGAUACCUUUGCGUUGGAUCAAGCUUGUGUACUUGACCGUUUUUAUACUAUUUUUGCAAAUAGUCUUGUCCACAUUCUACUUCAGCUUUGGAUGUGGUUACCAAGUAUCUGUAACCUUUGAAUUUCUAGACAGUAUUGCCACCUCUGGCCAAAUAUGCACUUUCCCUAGAAAGCCAUAUUCCAGCAAUGAAACUUGUGCUAUAGUGUAUACCACCUGUACAUACAUUGUAUAGGCCAUCUGUAAAUAUCCCAGAGAACAAUCACUAUUCUUAAGCACUUUGAAAAUAUUUCUAUGUAAAUUAUUGUAAACUUUUUCAAUGGUUGGGACAAUGGCAAUAGGAUAAAACGGGUUACUGAGAUGAAAUUGCCAAAAAAUUUGUAAACUAAUUUUGUACGUAUGAAUGAAAUCUUUGACCUCAAUGGAGGUUUGCAAAGACUGAGUGUUAAAACUACUGUACUUUUUUUUUUUUUCCAAGUGCUAAAAAAUUAAACCAAGCAGCUUAACCAUGGUUUGUGCCUAUUCCUCCAGGAUAAACUCCUAUAAACAGUCUGAGUAGUAUGAAGUGUUCUAACUAAAUGUAUGAGCUAUAGCUCUUGCUAUUGUAUAACUAAGCCUGUAAUUGGGUUAGUUUCUCUUACAACCAAGUACUAACUAAAGAACAAGUUACCAUUUAAUAUUUGCUCCCCGAAUAUUUCUUAUUGUGUAAAGGAAGCUCACUUAGUUUGUACCUAGAAUCCCUCUUGCUUAGAGGAGAGUUUCUUUUCUCAUUAACUUGUUUCCUGAUCCAGAAACAUGUGCUAAGAUUUCUAUGAAUUCUGUUUCUUCAUACUUAAGUCUCUGUUUUUCAUAUCCUGUCAUUAUAUAUAGGUCAUGGACAAGUGCCUUCUAAGGCAAGGGAAAGAGCUUUCUUCUUAUAAAAGUCUGGACUGUCUCAGCAUGGAGAUGGCUAGCUAAGGAAGAAAACAAGCAGUGCCAUUCUGGAACAAUCUAAGGAAGUAGUUCUCAAUGUGGUCCCAGGAACAGCAACAUCAGCAUCACCUAGGAACUUGUUUGAAAUGCAAGUUCUCAGGCCCCACCCCAGACCUCCUGAAUCAGAAACCCUGGGGUAGGGCUCAGGAAUCUGUUUUCACAGGACCUUCAGGUGAUACUGAUGGAAACUAAUGCUUGAAAACCACGGUUCUAAUGUGUGACUUCAUGGAGAAUAUAAUUGUAAUAUCUUCUAAAUUUUUAGCCUGGCAAGGAUAGGACAGAUUCCUACUAUCAACAAUUUCUGGAACUUUUAGUAUGAAAAGCAGACAAGGAUUUUGAGCAGAAGAAAAAGUAGCACAGGGAGUUCAGUGGGCUUUCCACAGAUUGGCCUUUACUGCCUUUCUCUAGAGUCUCAGGGCACCUGGAAGCAGGAGAAGAUGCAAGGCUUGAAGCACGGGGAGGAUGCUCCAAGUCCAGAGUAAGGUGGGAGGGUCACCUGCAGAAGGUUCAGUGAUCCUUCUGGGAUUAAACAACUGACACAGUAGCAAGAGGAUGAAGAGAUGUUUUGAGUAGCUAGAUAAAUUGGUGGAUGACUCAUAUUUCACUUGCAUAUGGAAUGUAAGGCGGUUGACAACUGGUUAGUCAUGGAGAUCAAUAAUCCUAGUUAAAGGGGAAGUUGAUUCUGUCCUCUUGUUUAAUGGACACUCCCUUGUGAUUUUGGUCAAAUGGACAAAAGAGAAAGGAUAGGCUUGGGCCUUUUUAUCAUGGGAGGUCUGGAGGUCAAGCGUGCAGAAGGAAAAGGUAGGGUAGGACUGUCUUCUGUUCACCGGUUUCUUACUCUACAAAUACUUGUCAUACUGAGCAGGACAUGGCCUGCUGACAGGAAGUGGCUGAAGUGCCUGUUUGAUAGAUAGGUUAGCAUUCAUCGUAUCCAAACUCACGGCCAGUUGUUUGAAUCAUGCUUUGACACUGCUAAGGUACAAAAAUCACUGAUUUAUUUAUUUUUUAAUUGUAAUAAUACCAAAUUCCCUUUAGAAGCUUGAACAUGCCAGUGCUUUCCCCCAUUAUAAGGAUUACACAGUGUUAAUCGACUAUAAAGCCCAAAGACAUAGUUUUUACAAAUUAAAGGAUUAUUCUCCAUCUUCUUCUUUUGGAUUCUAGUCCCUAAUGUAUUUUUUCAGGUUCUUGGCACCAAUUUCCAACCUUUAAAGAGUCUAAAGUAUCUCAUUUUUUUAACCUUGUCCUCCCCAGUAAGAAGCCAGGGUACAAGUCAUUGUGCCUAACUUAAGAGGUACAAACUCAUUUGAAGAAAUGAAACAACUUGAUAUUUCUGUUGAGAUAAGAAUAGUUGUAUGAAUAGACCACUAAACAAUUUAGCAUGGAAUAGUUUAUGAGACACUGGUGCCCUGAGCUUUAUCACCCAAACAAGAUCCUAUGUGAAAUGUGUUUGCAUAAGUUUGCUGUGUUUCUGGAGUUUAAUGCAGGAGAAGAGAAUUCAUUAAGAGGUAAAAUAUAAAGUUUAUCAAACACUAAAGGAAUAUACUUGGAGUUAAAUGAGACUGUCACAUGAAGUGACUGAAAGUGGGUCCUCCAGAGACUUUAGGAAUUUCUAAAAAGCAUUGAUGAUGGAUGAAUAAACAGAUUCGUGGCCUCUGGUAAAAAAAAUUCAGCCAAGUCCAUGAGUCCAAAUUUUUAAGUGGCCUUUGCAAGCCAUCUAUUUGGCAAGAAAUAGUUCCAGUAAUUCAACUAGUUCCCUUAAAACAUUCUUACAGCUAUUUUAAAGCCUUGGUAUCAUUUCUAAACCUUAUUUUAAAGCCUUGGUAUUAUUUCUAAGCCUUUGGUUCUUGAUGAACACAAGGCAAAAAACAAUUGAGGCUUUCACUUUGGCACUUGUUUCUGUUGCUUAUAUCUUUGGAAGUCAGAUAACCCUUCUCAAAAAUGAGAAGCCAGGCUUUAAAUCGCACAACUCUAGGGCAUUUAAAGGACUAAUUCUUCAGCUAAGAACACUAUAGAAUCAGAAGACCCACCCAAAGUUUACCUUCUAACUAUUUUCAUCCCAAACCAAAAGAUUCUGGUGGGCUUUUACUCUUUUAUCGUGUAGUCUAACUAGAGGAAUUUUCUAGAAUUCUUACCUAGUAAAAUCUAACCUAAUGAAACAAUUUAUUGUUUUGAACCCAAACAAAAGCUACACUGUGCUUUCAAUGGUGGUGAAACUUGCAAAAAGCUCACAUGCUUUUGUUAAGUUAGGGCCUAAGAACGAAGAAUACAACCUGCUAAUCUUGAUCCCUACAUAUGAGCACGUCAGUUUUAUAACCAAUGUUUAGCCUGAUUCUUUGGGGGAAUUGAGAAUUGUAUAUCCAUGUUUCAUUCAUAUCCUAGACCUAAACUGUGGAAGUUCAGAAAUACAGAAAAGCAGAAAAAGUCUUCAAAGAUCUGUUGUUUCCGUGCACAGUGGGGAUGAGGAAGAAACAAAGGCAUUUUGGGGACUGACUUCAUUCAAAUCCAGCAUGGAGGUUUCCAGCUCAGAACAGCUUCCUGUGAAGAUCAUCAGCUGUCCUUGUAUACAUCACUCACAUCUACCUUCACAUGUGAAAAGUUAGCAGCGAGGUCCUAGGUGUGAAAUUUGAGAAUCCAUAGAUAAGCUACUGAGAAACUAAUCACAGUAGUGUUACAGCUCUCUGUGGCAGCUCCUGAAUCUUGUGCAGCAUUUCUGAGCCUGCCUCAUUUAAGAAGCAGGAAUGAAAUGGGACACUGACUCAGAGUCCUCUUGUGAAACUCCUUCCAUGCAUGGACACCAAGGCAGGAGUGAGACAGGCUGAGGGUGGGGGUUCAGGCUCUACAAGGUACCCUGUGGCAUAUCAGAAAUGGUUCUCUUCUUCACUGUACUUAAGGGAAAUGUCAGAUGGGCAGCCAGGUGGUUCUGUUUAGAAGCAGUAGGCAGUGCAGUUAACAGCACAGAUUUCUGUGGCAGUCUUGUGUCUGAUAGCUUGAGCAAGUUACUAAUACCCUCUGAAAAUGGAGAUGAUGGGACUAUUCACUGUGAUCUGGUAGGGAUUAAAUGAGAUGCACACAAAGAGCUCAGCACAGUAACUGGCAUUAGGUAUGUGCAGGGCAAACGUCACUACUGAAUGUCUCUAUCAAUGACAAGCCUCUGUAUUUAUUGUAGCACAGUCUAGGAUCUGGUAAGUAACUUUACCAGUGAGAGUUACAGAUGACUUUAUUCAUUAUUGAGUGUAACAUGCAUAGACCUUGACCCAAGUGUUCUCCACUACACCUGUCUUAUGAGAUCUAAAUCUGAAAUUUAGGUAGUAAUAUCACCUUGUAUAGUUAAGAGGGCUUAAAGGAUUACAUGGAAUAAACUCUAGCUGGUAUCCUUCUGCCUCAGUCUUUUGACUUAAUUCCUAGGACAUGGAAACAAAUAUUUUGGGGCCUGAAUAGUCUUUCGAUGGCUGCCAAAGCACUUUAAAUCUCCUAUAAGUUCCUGCCAUAUGCUUAAUGUUGCGCUAAAUACUCUCAUGCCUUUUAUUUGAUCUUCACAACAAUCCUAAUAGGUAAGUAUUAGCUCCACUUUACAGAUGUAAAAACUGAGGCUACAAAUAAUACAUGAUUACAAACCCUUUGUGCUCACUGUCAUUUCUUCUGAGAAGCAGAUGCAUGCUGUGUAAAGCUUAAGCUGGCUGUUGUGUAGUAUGUUUGCUGGCUCCACUUUAUUACUGAUUUUAGGAUGAUCGAGCAGUUUCUCAGGUGUCUCAGAUGCAUUUUAUGGCUGGUUUGCAAUGUAGUGGUGUACUGGAAGUGUAACACCAGCAUGACUACAUCAGGUCAGCACAGAAUUACUGUUAUGUGUCAUGCCAUCAAGAUGCUAGACAGUCCAGAAUUAUUUUUCCUGGCCAUCCAAGUGAAGAAGUAGAUUCCUGGGUUGUAUAUAAAAGGAUAAAGAUUCACUAAAGGAAUUUAUAGAUAAGCAACAUUGUUCCUGUGUACAAGAUAUUGGGGAAAAACAAGCUGUAACACAAUAAAUCUUAAGUUUUAAGGCUCUCAUAUAGGGAGUGACAUGCCUAAGAAGACAGGAAGAUUGUGGCUUGGCAACUGAAUGAUAAUGUUGGAACUCCAGGAUUGGAUCUUAGGUAUUCUGGAAUCUACCCUGAGACCUGGAUACUUCUCAAUCUACACACAUGCACAGGGGGAAUUUUUGAACAAAAUGACUGGCUUUGACAAAACUAUCUAGCCCUUCUUAAAUGUCUCUUGAUAUUGAAAUGUGAUUUAAGAGCAUGGAACACCUCAGGAGUCCAGUGCAUACAACCAAAUUAUCCCACUCAGGAUCUUCGGAAGUCUAGAGGCACAUGUUGGAACGUGUUCAGUCCUGCUGACCUGUAGAUACACGUUUUCCUUUUAUUAAUGUACU